CAAGCAUAGAUCUCAAUAGUGCCUACUUGGGUCAUAGACCACUCUGGGUUGCCGCUGCCACUGCCGCCAUAGUGCCAGCCCCCUGGUUCUCUGCAAGGCCAGGUGAUGCUCCAGAAUGGGAGAUAAGCUGAUUUGGGAGCAAACUGAAUCCAGCUUCAUUCAACAUUACUACCAGUUAUUUGAUAAAGAUAGAACCCAAGUAGGUACAAUUUACAUUGAUGCAUCAUGCCUUAUGUGGGAAGGACAGCAAUUCCAGGGGAAAACUGCCAUUGUGGAGAAGUUGUCUAGCCUUCCGUUCCAGAAAGUCCAGUACAACAUCACAGGACAGGACCAUUAGUCCACAUCAGAUAACUGCAUCAUCAGCCUGGUUGUGGGUGAGCUUAAGGUAGAUGAAGACCCCAUCACCAGGUUCCACCAGAUGUCACUCAUGUUCCUAUUAAAGAAUAUCAGUGAAGCUUGGGUUUGCACCAAUGACAUGUUCAGGCUUGCCCUGCUCAACUUUGGCUGACCUCCUGUCACCCAGGCAUUCACACCAUUUCCUCCUCACUCCUCUUCUCAAUACUAUUCUCACUCCUCCACAUGCUCCAAAUAUCAUACACAAAUGAUCAGGGCCACAAUGGGAGUGCGCACAGUGUGCUGCUGCCACCAAGGUGUUGUGCAUGAUGUUUGGAUGCUAGACUAGUUGCACCUGAUGAGAGAAAUUUGUAUUGUACCAGUGCAUUCCUCAGUAAUACACGUGCAUGCAAGUAACAUCAAAGGUUGUCUUUUAAAAGAAUCUACUGACGAGUUGCUCUAGUAACCCAAAGAAGUGAAGGAGAAAGCAGCUGCCUCAC